AUGGCCGACGACCCCCUGACGGCCGGACCCGACCCGGGCUCUCAGAUCGUCGGCCGAGCUCAGGGAAUGUACGGCUCCGCCUCGUUCAGCGAGAUCGGGGUUCUCAUGACGUUCAACUUUGUGUUUACGGCCGGGAAGUAUAACGGCAGCACCCUGAGCCUCCUCAGCCGUAACCCCAUCCUCCAUCGGUACCGUGAAAUGCCCAUCGUCGGUGGCUCCGGCGUUUUCCGGUUGGCGCAGGGCGUCGCCACCGCCAAGACUUAUUGGGCGAAUUCAACGGCCCGUAACGCGAUCGUGGAGUACCAUGUUGUCGUGUUGCAUUAUUGA